AUGGCUAGCUCUGAGCAGGUCCAUGUCGUUGAUGCUGUCAUCAAGGACCAUAAGCAUAUUGAUGCCUACUACAAACAAUACCGUGCUAACGAAGGCAAUCCUCCGGAGCAACAAAAAUGGGCCAAUCAACUGUUUUGGCAAAUCGCCGUCCAUUCUAUCGCAGAAGAGCUGACCGUGUACCCAGCAUUCGAGCAGUACGUCCCUGACGGCGUCGCCAUAGCUGAAAAGGAACGUAGCCAGCAUCAGCAAGUCAAAGACGAUUUGUAUCAACUGCAAAACAAGUCUGUUGGGCAGGAUGCCGAUUUUGUUCCCCUAAUGGAGAAGAUGAUGAAUGAAUUGACCGAGCACAUUCAGCAAGAGGAGACCACGGAUAUGCCCAAGUUAAGAGAGGCUAUCAGUAACGACGACGCUCUCAGAUUAGGUAGAGACUUUGAAAUGACAAAAUACUUUGUUCCAACUCGGUCCCACCCAUCGGCACCCAACAAGCCUCCUUUCGAAACUGUUGCGGGACUGCUGGCCGCGCCGAUCGAUCGCCUUCGCGACUUGCUCACUAAGUUCCCGAGUGAGCAGGAACUCAAAGCCGUUGAACCUUGA